AUGAGCAAUCGAAAUCAUUCAUCGAGGAAUACGACUCAAGCAACCAACACAUCUAGCGAAGCAGCAGCUCGUGGAAACUCGCAUCGACCUCGUAGCAAAAUCGGACGGUUUCUGAAGAAGCUUAAGGAGGAUGCGAAAAAAUCAAGGAGGUACUUCAAGGUUUGCCGUAGCCAUGGCCCUACAUCCGAAAAUGUCGUUCAUGACGAACGUGCUUCAUCGAACCCGAAUAUCGAGGUUCAGGCUGGUCCGUCUAGUGUAAAACCAGAGCCUGAUAUCCAAUCGGCACUUCGGGAUGCGCAAGAUGCUACAAAGCACAUGCAUUCACUUUCAGGACCAGCGAUAACUGUGGCGUCUGCUGGUCAGGAUGCACAGAAGGAUCUCGAUACUGCAGGCAGGUUCGAGGACACAUAUCUCAAACCCCUCAAGAUAUUCGAUGCUGUUAUCGGAGAGAUUGCGAAUGUGCAUCCAUAUGCAAAGAUGGGACUGGGCGUGUUGUCUUGUGCAGCCAAAAUCGUUCUAGCUCAAGCAGAUCGCGACAAAGCAGUACUCAAGCUCGUCGAGAAGCUGUGUGAAGUUUACGGCUUUAUAACACAGGAUCAGAUGCUCGGCCAAAUCUCGUCGAUGCUUUAUUCAAAACUAUUCGGAGACCAAGAACUUUUGUGA